AUGGAUUGCUGGAUUUUGGGAGGAUGGACGAAGUUCGUUGGAUCAACAUUUUUGCAAAAUAUAUGUAUGACGAGAUCUUGCACUAUUUUCUGGAUAGAUGAGUCUCACCGCUACAGCUUCAGAGAAUUGGAUUUUAAACUUUCGAGAUAUAAGGCUAGGAACCAAAGACCAAGAGUUCUCCUUGUUGCCGAGAAUGCAGUGAAACAUGUAUAUGAAGUUAAGUGCCUGAGAUUUGAUGAAGCUUUUCAACUUUUCUAUCAAUUCGCGAUGAAGCAGAAACCACCUUCAGAUCGCUUUAAACAGCUAUCAGUCCGUGCUAUCAAGCUUGUCGGGUUUCUUCCUUUGGCCCUUAAAGUAACCGCCUCAAUGUUAUAUGAUAAAGAAGCAGACGAUUGGGAAACUAUAUUGCAGAGUUUAGAAGAAAAGCAAGAUAAUAAAGGUAGUAAACUGGAAGUAUCAGCUAAGUAG